UCAGAGGCUACAUGAGACAGAUGUGAGGAGAGCCCUGCCGCAGUCACCAUGAGCACCACAUCCCCAGAAACCUCCCAUGCCCCCAGCUCCAGCAGCUCCUCUGCUAUCAGUAACCCUGCAGAUAUCUCUGUGAUUGUCGGAUACUUUGUCAUCGUUAUUGGUGUCGGCUUGUGGUCCAUGCGUCGUACAAACCGAGGAACUGUAGGUGGUUACUUUCUGGCGGGAAGAAGCAUGUCCUGGUUCCCUGUUGGUGCUUCACUUUUUGCUAGUAAUAUUGGAAGUGGUCACUUUGUCGGAUUGGCUGGCACCGGGGCAGCAAGUGGCAUAGCUGUUGCUGGAUUUGAAUGGAACGCUCUCUUUGUGGUUUUGCUUAUGGGAUGGAUUUUUGUUCCAGUUUACCUAACAGCAGAGGUAGUGACGAUGCCUGAGUAUCUGAAGAAACGCUUUGGAGGGGAACGGAUCCAGCUGUACCUGUCUGUGUUAUCUUUGGCCAUGUACAUAUUCACUAAGAUCUCAGUUGAUAUGUUCUCUGGAGCAGUCUUUAUACAGGUGGCAUUGGGUUGGAACAUUUACCUAUCAGUUAUAGCGCUCCUGGUCAUCACCACAAUAUACACCGUGACUGGGGGCCUUGCUGCGCUCAUGUACACAGAUACCGUUCAGACAUUUGUCAUCAUCGGUGGAGCUUGCGUUCUUGCUGGAUAUGCUUUUCUGCAGAUUGGAGGCUAUAAUGCACUCAUGGAGAAAUAUAUGAACGCUACUCCAAGUAUUCUGGCUAAUGUGUCCUGCUCAUUGUGCAUCCCACGGCCAGAUGCCCUCCACCUCUUACGUGAUGCCUACUCUGGGGACUUGCCAUGGCCCGCUCUGAUAGUAGGACUGAGCAUAUGUUCCACAUGGUACAGGUGCAGCGACCAAGUGAUUGUUCAGCGCUGUCUGGCCGCCCGUUCUUUAACACAUGUUAAAUUAGGGUGCGUGUUAUGUGGUUAUUUGAAGAUUCUUCCCAUGUUCCUCAUGGUUAUGCCCGGCAUGAUCAGCAGGGUCUUAUAUCCAGAUGAAGUUGCAUGUGUUGUGCCGUCCGAGUGCCGGAAGAUCUGCGGUGCGGAGAGCGGCUGUUCAAACAUUGCUUAUCCGAAGCUGGUAGUAGAGCUGAUGCCAAGAGGUCUCCGAGGUCUCAUGCUGGCGGUGAUGCUGGCCGCUCUCAUGAGCAGUCUUGCCUCCAUCUUUAACAGCAGUAGUACUCUGUUUACAAUGGACGUCUGGAGGAAGAUGAGGCCUCAGGCUCCGGAAAAAGAGCUUCUUCUGGUGGGAAGGGUGUGGACCGUUUGUCUUGUGGCCUUCAGCAUUGCAUGGAUUCCCGUUGUCCAAGCUGCACAAGGAGGACAGUUGUUUGAUUAUAUCCAGUCUGUAGCAAGUUUCUUGGCGCCACCAAUUGCGGCUGUCUUCUUCCUGGCGCUCUUUGUGAAAAGAGUCAAUGAACCGGGGGCAUUCUGGGGCCUGAUUGGGGGGCUCAUUCUCGGUCUCUGCCGCAUGGUGCCAGAAUUUGCGUUUGGUUCUGGAAGCUGCUCCGCUCCUGGCUCCUGCCCACCGCUGAUCUGUGGGGUGCAUUACCUCUACUUUGCCAUAAUCCUCUUCUUUUGUACGACUCUCAUCAUUCUGGCUGUGUCUUACUGCACCCCAGCCAUUCCAGAAUCACAGGUGAGCCUCCUACCGUGCAGCUGUCCUGGGUGACUACAGUUUCUAGGCUUUGUGUGAUUCAUCC